AUGGCGACCGCUGAGGCAGAGACGCGCGGAUCUGCUGCCAGUGCGGAGGCUGCUGACGGUGAUGCCACAUUUGGAGAUCUGUCUUCCAAUAUGGACACCAAGUCCCCCAAUGGCAAAGAAGGAAUGGACGGCGCUGGUGAAGGCUCGGAGGCGGCAGACACCGUCACUGGCUCUGGGGAUGAGGAGAGCGGCAGACAGCUGGGUGUAGUGGAGCUCCAGUGUGCCCUGUGCAUGAAGUGGUUUACCGCAGAUACGUUUGGCAUCGACACUGUCACCUGUCUUCCCUUUAUGACCAAUUAUGUCUUCCAUUGCAAUGCCUGCCAUCACAGUGGCAACACCUACUUCUUAAGAAAACAAGCAAAUUUAAAGGAAAUGUGCCUGACUGCACUAGCCAAUCUCACAUGGCGCUCCAGGACACAAGAUGAACACCCAAAGACAAUGUUCUCUAAGGACAAGGAUAUCAUACCCUUCAUUGAUCAAUACUGGGAGUGUAUGACGACUCGUCAGAGACCAGGAAAGCUGACGUGGCCCAAUAACAUAGUGAAGACGAUGAGCAAAGAGCGAGAUGUUUUUCUGGUAAAAGAACUCCCUGACCCCGGCAGCAAAGACACAGAAGAGGAAUACCCCAAAUUUGGCCUUUUGGAUCAGGAUCUUGGAACCAUUGGUCCUUCGUAUGAUGCACAGAAACAGACGACAGCGCCUCCCCCUACUCCUGGACUUAAUGGUGGAUCUACUUUCUCAGGUGCAUUGGCUGCAGGACAAGGAAAAGGACGAGGAGCCAAACGCAAACAGCAACAGCAACAAGAAGGGACUGCCGCUGGAACAACCAAGCGAACCAGAAGCGACCCUUUGUUUUCAGCCCAACGCCUUCCUCCUCACGGUUAUCCUCUGGAGCACCCCUUUAAUAAGGAUGGUUAUCGCUACAUCCUUGCAGAGCCAGACCCCCACGCUCCUGAUCCUGAAAAACUAGAGCUGGAUUGUUGGGCUGGGAAACCGAUUCCGGGUGAUCUCUACAGGGCCUGUCUUUACGAGAGGGUGCUGUUGGCAUUGCACGACAGAGCGCCACAGCUGAAGAUCUCUGACGACCGGCUCACUGUGACUGGGGAGAAGGGCUACUCCAUGGUGCGAGCGUCUCAUGGGGUGCGAAAGGGCUCCUGGUUCUUUGAGAUCACGGUGGAAGAAAUGCCUCCGGAGACCGCCGCGAGGCUGGGGUGGUCUCAGCCUCUCGGUAACUUGCAGGCACCUUUAGGAUAUGAUAAGUUUAGCUAUUCAUGGCGUAGCAAGAAAGGCACUCGAUUUCACCAGUCCAUCGGUAAGCACUAUUCUUCAGGAUACGGGCAAGGAGACACUUUGGGAUUCUACAUUGAAUUGCCGGAUGAAACUGAAACGGCAAAGGCUCUCCCUGACACGUACAAGGACAAGGCACUAAUCAAGUUCAAGAGUUACUUAUAUUUUGAAGAGAAAGACUACGUGGAUAAGGCAGAAAAAAAUCUCAAGGCAACAAAGCCCAGUAAGAUUAUAUUCUACAAAAACGGGACGAGCCAAGGAGUGGCUUUUGAAAACUUGUUCGAAGGACUCUACUAUCCAGCCAUUUCACUGUACAAGAGCUGCACGGUGUCUGUGAACUUUGGGCCUCACUUCAAACACCCUCCCAAAGAGCUGAAGUACCAGCCGAUGAGCGACAUGGGCUGGGGCGCGGUGAUCGAGCACACUCUGGCUGAUGCGCUGUACCACGUGGAGACGGAGGUGGAUGGACGGCGCAGUCCUCCCUGGGAAGGAUGA